AGAUAAGCAAGAAUUAGAAGCAAAUGAGACAGCAGAUAAGCAGUCGGACGAAGAACAAAAGGAGAAAACAAUCAAUGACAUUUUACACGAAAAGGAGUGCGUAGAUGCGGGAUUCGAAAUUGGCACAUGGAGCAAUGAUAUGGCGGCAUCUAUCCCUCAAACAUCAGAAUACGAUGCGUACUUGGAGCCUUUGCCUUCCAAUCUUACGUUCUGCACUUCUGCUUCGGGCGGCGCCAACUGGUGUGAUCCGAUUGACAAACCAAAGAACCAAUUCAAUCCUUCAAGAAAUUACUCCAUGGCUGACAGCGACUGUUCUUAUUUAUCCAGCGAUUUCGAUACUGACGAUUCGGAUCUGAACACCGAUGACGAUGAUGAUGACACGGACACAGGAGGCUUUUGCAGCAGCAAGAAUUCUAACG